AUGGCAGAGCUUGCGGACUUUGUUCGUUGGAACAACGUACCUCAAAUCACAAGCUUCGUCCCAACAAGCCACAACGACACAUACCCAUUUAUAACUCCCACCGGAUCUGAGCUGACCGGCAAAACGGUCGUUAUCACAGGAGCUUCCAAAGGCAUCGGCCUCGCGACAGCAAUCCGACUAGUAAAAGCAGGUUGCAGCAGAAUCGCCAUAGCAGCACGCUCAUCCCUCGAUGAAGCAGUCAAAGAGCUCAAAUCCGAGGCCCAGAGAUCCAACCUUUCCCCACCUAUAAUCCUCCCCCUAACCGUCGACGUCACUUCCGACGAGGCCGUCAGAGCAGCCGCUCAUUCCGUGGAGGAAGUCUUUGGAAAAAUAGAUAUUCUCAUCAACAAUGCGGGAUAUAUGCCUAAAUUUCAGCGCAUGGGCGAGACUGACCCUUUGGAAUGGUGGCAAGGGUUCGAGGUUAACGUCAAAGGAACCUUUCUCUGUGCAAAUUACUUUUUUCCGCUUUUGUUGAGAUCUCAGACUAAGAUUAUGGUCAAUUUGACUUCUGUCGGUGCGCAUACGCUGACCCUGGGCGGGUCAUCGUAUAUGGUGUCGAGAUUCGCAAAUUGUCGGGUUAAUGAGUUUUUGGCGAGGGAUUAUGAGGAGGAGGGGCUUGUUGCGAUUUCGUUGCAUCCUGGGGGCGUUGCUACUGAUAUGCGGGCCAACUUCCCGGAGCGAUUGCAUGCUGGAUUGCAGGAUGAUGUGAAUCUUUCGGCAGAUACGAUUGUUUGGCUUGUCAAGGAGCGGCGCGAGUGGUUGAAUGGGAGGUAUGUUUCGGGGCCGUGGGAUAUGGAGGAGUUGGAAGCUAGGAAAAAGGAGAUUUUGGAGAGAGAUUUGUUGAAAUUCAGGAUGACGAUCCGAUAA